AUGCCUGCGAAACACCACAGCCCAGAGCAGAGUGAGUCGCCAAAGCAGGAUCCGACGGAGCGCAGGAGGCUGCAGAAUCGUCUCUCGCAGCGGAAUCACCGGAGGAAGAUCCGUGAUCGCAUUGCCAAACUCCAAGAACGAGUCAUCGCCAGCGAACUGCGUGCUGCCGCAACGCUGCACGGAUGGCACUCGGCGCCCUGCAUUCCGUACGAGGUGAAGCCAUCGCCGUCCUCUACUUCGUCGUCGUUGUCGCUGUCACCGUCGUCUCCCCCUGCAGAAAUGCAGUGUCCACCGGCGUCGUAUAAUGUCGGCCUGAACACUAUGCCUCAGCUCCCUCUGUUCCCUACGCCAGGCGAGUACGACGAGACAGGGACUGGAGUCAGCUCUCUGAGCGGAAGUGGCACGUCCAGCCCAACAACCCUAGUUCCUCCAGAUAUUGUAGCUGGCCCUGGCCUGGGAUUGUCACAGGGUUACGGACUCGAUACGGUGCAAAUGUGCGAGCAAUGGGGGUUCCAAGGAUCCGUUUAUCUAGCUACCGAGACAUCUCUGCCGCAGAUACUGCAGACUCUCGGCCCGUCGUCGAAUGCGAUUAUACUACUCCAGACCCCGGGGUACUCAGUCGGUGGAGGCACAAUGGGAUAUACGUCGCAAGAACAGGCGGAUAUGAGCGGGUGCCAGUGUCAGAGCCUGGGAUGGAUAACAUGCCCUCUUCACCCGAUGGGAUAG